CCUGCCCGGGCUCCGCGCGCGUUCAAGCCCGCGCGCUGCUUCCGGGGGCGUGGCCUCCGGCGGAAGCGGAGCCGGCACUUCCGGCGGCGGGAGCGGCCGGCGCCCAUGGCGGGGUGCUGCAGGCUGGGGCGUGCGUCCCUGCCGCGCCGCGGGCUCCACACGGCGGCCAGGCUCUGCAAGGCCCGCUCGGGCGCCGAGCACCAGUGGCUGACGCGCCACCUGAAGGACCCGUUCGUGAAGGCGGCGAGGGUGGAGAGCUACCGCUGCCGCAGCGCCUUCAAGCUGCUGGAGCUGGACGCGAGGCACCGCAUCCUGCGGCCCGGCCUCCGGGUCUUAGACUGCGGGGCGGCCCCCGGCGCCUGGAGCCAGGUGGCGGUGCGGAGAGUCAACGCCGCGGGCGCAGAUCCCAGCAGUCCCGUGGGCUUUGUGCUCGGGCUCGAUCUUCUUCACAUCGCACCCCUGGGAGGGGCGACCUUCUUGUGCCCCGCGGACGUGGCUGACCCCGGGACCUGGCAGAGAGUCCGAGAACUGCUUCCUGGUGGGAGAGCUGACGUGAUUCUGAGUGACAUGGCCCCCAACGCCACCGGGAUCCGGGGCCUGGACCACGACCAGCUCAUUGGCCUGUGCCUGUCGCUCCUGGACGUGGCUCCCCACGUGCUGUCCCCCGGGGGGACCUUCCUCUGUAAGACCUGGGCUGGAAGUCUAAGCCACCGGUUACAGAAGCGACUGACCGAGGAAUUCCAGGGCACGAGGACCCUGAAGCCGGAAGCCAGCAGGAAGGAGUCCUCGGAGGUGUACCUCCUGGCCACACAGUACCGCCGCGCCGCGGGGCCUGGGCGGGCCUGAGCGUCCUCCGUUCCCGGCCCUGCUCGCCGCACCGUCGCUGCAUGUGGCUGGGAGGCCCUGGCUUGACCUGGGAGGCAGCAGGCAGGACAGUGGGGACCCCUUCUUACAUCGAGAAGAGGACGAGCUGUAUUCAGUGGCCAUGAUA